AUGAAUUACAACGAUGCAAAGGGCUACGACUUCGGUUUAGGCAACACCAACAUUGAUCCAGCCGUAUUGAGGGAGGGAUGUAAAGUCACAUCCAUCGAGACCCAUGGUGUAAGCUUCUGGGCGAAGACGGGUCGAAUUGAUGUUCUGCUUAGCGACGGUAGGCCUCAGUCGUUUUUCAUCAAAGUCCUUUCGAAGGAGAUAGGCAUGAACAUGACAAAGGGGGAGUUCCAUUCGAUGAGCGCGAUACAUGGAGUCAUACCAGAAUUCGUCCCGAAGCCCAUCGCUUGCGGCACCUACGAGGACAUCCCAGACACACACUUCUUCCUCUGCGAGUUUCGAGACAUGACGGAGGAUAUGCCCGACCCUGACGAGUUUGCUUCUCGUCUGUCAACAAUGCACCAGAAAAGUGUGUCGCCCACUGGAAAGUUCGGCUUCCACAUCACAACUUACGCAGGAAAUUUACCCCAGUACGUGGAAUGGGAAGAUAGCUGGGAGAUGUUCUUUGCCAAGUCAAUGCGACAAACUCUUGACCUAGAGAUGUCGGUGAAAGGUAGCAAUACUGAGAUUGAGGUUCUUUCACAGGCGCUAUUCGAGAAGGUAAUCCCGAGGCUCUUGAGGCCUCUGGAGAGUGACGGCCGGACUGUGAAACCUUCGUUGAUUCAUGGCGACCUUUGGUUUGGAGAUGAGUACGUCGCUGCAUACAACAAAUUUGCGCAGAUCUCGGCACCUGAAGAGGAUUUUGAGGGUCGGCUAGACCUCUAUAGGCUGAGAUUUGACACUCACGUGUCAGCCCUUUUUGUCGACAAUGAGACACUUCGCACACAGUGA